AUGGAAACUUGUGCAAAGCGACUGGAGAGCGUGGACAUGAGAGGUACCAUAAAGACCCGUUUCGGCAACAUUCCCGCGCACGACAUCGCUUCGUUUCGACGGGCUGUGUUGCUGGACGACUCGUGCUUCAUGCUGACAAUGGACUUUUUGAUGAAUCAGAACGGCAUCGGUGGAGUUAACCCAUUAUACUCGCGAAUGGUCGACGAAGACAUGAAACGAAACCUGAUCGACUCCACGUCGCCGAGUCAGAGGGAAAACAGAAUUGUGCUGUUGCCUGUGUACUUAGACAAACAUUGGGGAGGCGUCGUUUUCAAUUUUGAUGACAACAAGCUAGUGUUCUAUGAUCCCAUGCAAACCAAAUCUAUGAAGCCAUUAGAGUGGUCGUGA